AUGAGUAUACAAGAUGGAUUCAUGUCGAUUCAUGGAAUUUCUCAAUACAUUGAUUUUCAUUUCACUCUUAAUUAUACAAUUCUAAUUCCAACGGUUCCUUUUGUGUAUAUUAUUCCUACGAUGGUUAUCAUGUGGAAAGUUUAUAGAGGAUACCAUUCUCAGUCUUCAAAUUUGACAAAGUUGACACUUGAUAGUCAUUUAUAUGCAAUGCUGAUGUUCUAUUUCGUAGCAAACAUCUCCUUCUUUUUUACCGAUUUCCUACGAUUCAACGUUCCAGUCUCCGGGUUGGCAACCUCGUUAUGUGCUGGAUUAUUCCCAAAUCGGUAUUUCACAUUGCUCAUUGCAGUUGGUGACUAUAUGAACUACUGUAUUCUUAUCCUACCGUUCCUAGUAUCUGUCGUCCGAAUAAUUAUUCUUUCUGUUGCAUACAACCAAAAAAAGAUUCGAGCACGUGUUAUGAAGUGGUUCAUCCUGCCAAUUCUCUUUUUACUUCCUCUUUUCUGUGUCAGUUUCAUGAUCCCAUCAAUGGGUUACUGUAGACAAUUGGGAUCUCCGUUUGGAUUUGGGGCAAUUGAUAUUUAUUACACACAUGGAUGGUUUGGGCUCCGCAGAUCUUAUUUUAUUUUGGGUUUAUCGGUUUCCUGUUGGACUCUUUCAGCUGUUCUCUCCAGUGUUAUUUAUUUUAAAAUUCGCUCAGGAUUAAUGCGCGCAGGAUCUAUUCACACAAGGAAACUUGCCAAAAAAGCCGAAUUCUCGAUAUCCUUAACUCUUAUAUCAGCUAUUGUACCUUUUAUCACAAACUGUAUUGUUUCGGUGACAACCCUUUGGACACCAGACAUUAUGUUUUAUUUUUCGAUCCUUCGACUUGUUGGAAACGAUAUAGAGACUGUUUUAAUGCCAUGGACUCUCUAUUUAACUCAUCCCGUUUUUCGAGAAAAGAACGAAGAUUUGAGGAAUGCACAGAAAACUAUUAAAAUUUGGAAUUUAUCCCUAAGGAGUACGCUGCUCUCCGGAAGCUAUGUAUUUGGACUUGCAAUUUUCCUUCCAUUUUUAGAUUCGGGUUUGCUGUGUUCUCUUGUUGUCUUACAUUUUCAAAUCUCUAUCGUCAUCUUCAAUUUUAAAAAGAGCAAGUGA